AUGCAAAUUCCAGCAUUGGAUUAUCAAAAAUUCGCUAAAAUAUCGGGCGGUGCCUUGGCAUUCGGGAUUAUUUAUGGAUUUUUGUUGUUUCCGAAUAUUUUGCACUUUGCCAUCAAGUACAUGGUUCAAUUGAGACCCGGAUCAAGGACAAGAGAGCAACUUUAUUUGCCGAUUCCGUUCGAUAUUGAAUUUACGAUUUCCGUGUGGAAUAUCACAAAUCCGGAGGAAGUUCAGAAUGGAGCUGUGCCUAUUGUGAAGGAAGUUGGACCUUAUUACUUUUUAGAACGAAAAUUAAAAUACGACGUUGAAGACGAUGACGAAGCAGACACCCUGAGUUUCGAUCAAAAGAACACUUUUUACUUUCAAGCCAACAAAACUUUACCUCUAACCGGAAAGGAAAUCGUCACAAUCCCGCAUCUUGUGAUCCAAAUGGGCUUGUUAAUGAUUCAACGAGAUCAGGCGCCUCUUUUGCCAUUAGCUGUCAAAGGUCUAAAUGAGCUUUUUGAGAACCCAACAUCACCGUAUUUUACCGAAAAGGUUGAAGAUUUGCUAUUUUAUGGAGUCCCGAUCAAUUGUGACGUCGAUGGAUUCGAAGCAAAAAGUGUUUGCAGCGCUUUGGAAGACACAAUGGGCGAAUCUGCGGUCUUGAAUGACACUCAUUUGGGCAUUUCUUUGUUUAAAUCUCAAAACGGAACAAGCACAGGACGUUUCACAGUGUAUCGAGGCAUGAAAAAUAUUUCUGACACGGGUAGAAUGGUAGCUUUCAACGGAGAAACUGAAAAUGAUGUUUUUAAUGGCGAUGAAUGUAACGAGUUGAGAGGCACAGAUGCUUUGUUCUUUCCUCCGUUUUUAAAACGAGACGAUACGAUUUGGGCAUUUUCGGCGCAAUCCUGUCGGUCGUUCGGAUUUCGGUACAAAGAGGAUUCGUCGUAUAAGGGAGUUGCGUUGAAACGAUUUUCAAUCAAUUUUAAUAAAGACGAUCCUGAUUGCUUUUGUCGCGAUCCAGAUGAGUGUCCGCCGGAAGGAGUGAUAGAUAUGUCGAUGUGUCUUCAGGCGCCGUUAUUGGCAUCAAAGCCACAUUUUUUGCAUGCCGAUCCGAUUUUGAGAGAAAAAGUUCAUGGAUUCACACCAAAUGAAGAAUUGCAUGAAUUUCUCGUAGAUUUUGAUCUUUUUGCUGGCGCUGCUCUCAACGCUCGUGUUGCAAUCCAAUUCAACUUAGACAUGACAGCUGUGGAAGAAUUUGAGCCAAUGGCAAAUUUACCAUCAGUUUACAUGCCAAUUUUUUGGAUCACCGAAGCAAUUGCUCUCAACAAAACGUUCGUUUAUCAAUUCAAAGCACUUCAUUUCGGUCAACAUCUCAACAGUUUCAUCAAAUACGUCGUUGUAACUUUGGGUCUUUUGGGCACAGGAGGAUUUACUUUUCUCGCAUUCAAUUCCGGCGAAACGCCCGUCGACGAGCAAGUAAUUGUCGAACGUGAAGCUCCCCAAAGCUCAAAAAUGUAUCCGGAUGAAGCUGAAGUCGAAAAAGGAACUCUCGAUAGCAUGAUGGAUUUCAAAGAUAAAAUUGCUGCGAAAUUUGGAUUCUCUGAUGAUGAGAAAAAUUCAUAA